AAAUAGAAGCUGAACCACAGCCAAACACAGAAGAGGCUCCACGUGUGGAGAGCCAUAAAGAAACCAUGGAAACAUUUGAUACAGAAGGAAGUCCAGUUGGUAAUACAGAAGAAGGCAAUGGUGAUAUUGCUGAUGAUUGGGAGGAGGAUGAGGGUAUGAUUGAAGAUGAAGAUGAGAUUGAUCCAGAAGCCAUUAUACCUAAAAAGCCAAAGAAGCCCGGUGUACCCAAAGUUAGAAAGGAACAUUUGAAUGUGGUGUUUAUUGGACACGUUGAUGCAGGAAAAUCUACUAUUGGAGGACACUUGUUAUAUCUGACUGGUAUGGUUGACAAAAGAACUCUUGAAAAAUAUGAAAGAGAAGCCAAAGAAAAGAACAGAGAAUCUUGGUAUUUGUCGUGGGCACUGGACACAAACCUUGAAGAACGUGAAAAAGGCAAGACAGUUGAGGUGGGCCGUGCCUAUUUUGAAUCUGAAAAGAAACACUAUUCUGUGCUGGACGCACCAGGACACAAAAGCUUUGUUCCAAAUAUGAUUUGUGGAGCCUCUCAAGCAGAUUUAGCCAUACUGGUCAUUUCUGCUCGGCGAGGUGAGUUUGAGACCGGAUUUGAGAGGGGAGGGCAAACCAGAGAACAUGCUAUGUUGGUAAAGACAGCAGGGGUUCGGCACAUGGUGGUGCUUAUCAACAAGAUGGAUGAUCCUACUGUGGAGUGGGAGGAGGCAAGGUUCAAUGAAUGCAGAGAGAAAUUGCUUCCAUAUCUGAAGAAAUGUGGCUUCAAUCCCAAAACAGACUUAUAUUUCAUGCCUUGCUCGGGUCUCUCAGGUGCUUUCCUUACCAUAGUUCCAGAAGAAUCACUUUGUCCCUGGUACAGGGGACCAUCACUCUUAGAGUACCUGGAUUCUUUGCCUCCAAUUAGCAGAGCUCUUGAAGCAGCUGUUAGAUUGCCUAUAGCAGAUAGAUAUAAGGAUAUGGGUACCAUUAUUUUGGGCAAAAUAGAAUCAGGUGUGGUCACAGCAAAUCAAAAACUUGUCAUGAUGCCAAAUAAGGCAGUUGUAAAAGUGAUGAACAUUGUGUCUGACGAAGAGGACAGUGAGGAUGCUAUGCCGGGGGAGAAUGUCCGGUUAAAGAUUAGCGGGGUUGAGGAAGAGGAUGUAUCGCCAGGUUUCGUAUUGUGCUCACCAGAUAAUGUAUGCAACACUGGAAGGGUUUUUGAUGCACAGAUAGUAAUAUUAGAAUACAAGUCGAUCAUCACAGCAGGAUAUAGCUGCGUAAUACACAUCCAUACAUGCGUUGAGGAAGUCACUCUGAAGGCCUUGCUGUGUUUGGUAGAUAAGAAGACAGGAGAUAAAACACAACUGAGACCACGGUUUAUCAAGCCAGACCAAGCGGGUAUUGCUAGACUAGAGGUCAACGAUGGCAUUAUCUGCUUAGAGACAUUUAAGGAUUUUCCACAAAUGGGACGCUUCACGCUGAGAGAUGAAAAUAGAACCAUCGCAAUCGGAAAGGUGCUUAAAAUAAUUGAAUAA